AUGGUCCUCGGCUGGCUGCUGCUUCUGGUGAUGGCUCUGCCCCCAGGCACGAUGGGCACCAAGGACUGCGUCUUCUGUGAGCUGACCGACUCCAUGAUCUGUCCCGGCACCCACAUGCGCUGUGGCGAUGACGAGGACUGUUUCACGGGCCAUGGGGUGGCCCCCGGCAUCAGCCCCAUCAUCAACAAAGGCUGCGUGCAGGCCACCUCGUGUGGCCACGAGGAGCCCGUCAGCUACAUGGGUGUCACCUACAGCCUCACCACCGACUGCUGCACCGGCCACCUGUGUAACGGGGCCCCCCACCCCACAGGCGGCCAGAUGGCACGGGCCAGCACCGGCCUGGCGCUGGGCGUGCUGCAAUUGCUCCGACAUUUGCUGUGA